AAACCCUGCUGCUGCUGCUGCUGCUGCCGCUCCUGCUCAGAAAUCAAAAUGGCGUCUGCUUCCGCUCCAACCCAGAGGUUUGUUCAGUCACGCCUCCCAUUCAGCGAAUGUCAUCAUCACCGUCGGAUUCACCAGCUACCCAAAACACUCCUCUCUCUUUCAUCUUCUUCUUCUUCUUCUCAACUGGUCGCAGCUGCUGCAUUUGCAAUAGCAACUCCAACUCUAACCCCAAUUGAAAGGAAGGAGCGUUCCUCUUUUGCUCAAACUGCGGCUGUUCGCCAUCUCGUGGGUUCCGUCACCACCGCUCACGGCCUGCGUUUCGCAGUGGUUGUGGCACGGUUUAAUGAGAUAAUCACAAAGCCACUGCUAGAGGGAGCUUUGACUACUUUCAAGAAUUAUUCUGUUCGAGAUGAGGACAUUGAUGUGGUAUGGGUUCCUGGUAGCUUUGAAAUUGGUGUGGUUGCACAGAAGCUUGGAAGUUCGGGGAGGUUUGAUGCAGUUUUAUGCAUUGGAGCUGUGAUAAGAGGUGAUACAACCCACUAUGAUGCUGUUGCUAAUUCAUCGGCAUCUGGAGUACUCUCAGCUGGCUUAAAAUCAGGUGUGCCAUGCAUAUUUGGUGUCUUAACUUGUGAUAAUAUGGAGCAGGCUUUAAAUCGAGCUGGUGGUAAAUCUGGUAAUAAGGGUGCGGAGACUGCCUUGACAGCUAUCGAGAUGGCAUCUUUGUUUGUGCACCAAUUGAAGUAGUGUGUUCUUACUUUUGACUCUUGAGGAUGGAAUUUUAAAUUUGACCUGCAUCGUCUGUAAUCAAUGUGCUUGGUGUUGUUGUUCCAUUUUUGAACUGUUAGAAAAUGUGUGGGCGAUGAUCAGACAUGGUAGACGUAUAGCCCAGAGUUCGGCUAUUUGUUGAUUUACUAAAGCCCUGCCAGAUGAAUCUUUAUGUUGAAGAAACAGAAAGUAAGUACAAAGAGUUUUGAAUAAAAGUCUCUUGAUUUGCCACAUGAAA